GCGAUGACGAACUCUCGAGUCCUAGAAAAGAAUGCCGUAGAAGAACCUGUUACUCCGGCGGUCCGGUUUCGACCAAUAGAGUGAACGCUUCACAAUCCAGGAACUGAAUAAUGGAAAAUGAGCCGAAAUCAUUUUUCUCCUUAUUACCACUGAUACCUUUCAUCUGUCUUGGAACUGCACUAAACAGUUUAGGUCCUCCUCGCCUCAUCCCCGAAGCCUACGAAAUGGAGAGGGUGGUUCCAGAAGGGGCCAAAGUCCAGCUACCCUGCCCUGUCCAAGCCGAUCCGGACACCGUGUUUUUCGAGUGGUACCGCGGCAAAGAGCCCUUAAACAUUUUCCACGAAGAUCGCUUCCGAGUCCAGAAAAACGGCGUCCUUAAGAUCAAAUCUGCCGUCCCCGAGGAUUCUGGGCUCUAUGUCUGUAGAGCUGUAAACGGGUUCGGGAAAUUGGAUACGAACGUGACGUUGGUCGUCUUAGCCGACACUGAUGCGAGCAAGCAUGACUCGGGAGAUGGGAGCUUUCGAAAUCAUAUGUCGGACGAAUAUGAAAGAGAAAGACCUUAUUUGACCAAUGUCACCAAAACCAGCAAUGGCAGACUUCAUCGACCAGUGGGAGGAUCUGUUCGUCUUUUCUGCAAAGCAGCCGGUAAUCCCGAACCCCAAGUCACUUGGUUGAAGAAUGGCCAAACAUUACUCAACACUUCAUUAUCACCCGGAUCAAAAAGAUCCCGAUGGAGCUUAUACAUUCGCAAUCUUCAAGAAUCAGACAGAGGAAAUUUCACAUGUGUUGCUUAUAAUAUUUAUGGUCAUAGCAAUUAUACUGUCCUCAUAGAUGUGAUUCCAGGGCCUCGCAAGAAACCAGAAAUUAGAGGAAUUCAUCCUGUCAAUAUAACAGUAGAAGAAGGUGGAGCAGCAGUAUUUCAAUGUAGAUUUAAAAGCGAAAUUCGUCCUCACGUCCAGUGGCUAAAACAAGCCGAUCCAUCCGAAGCUGAAAUGGAUAGCCAUAAAAUCAUAAAAAUCCAUGGUGAAUAUUUCAGAAUUUUAAAGUCAUCGGAAAUUCUGGAACGAUCAGAUGGAUCAUUCAUAAAUAAGCUCAAUAUCUCAGGAGCUUCUAAGAAAGAUGCUGGAAAAUACAUCUGUUUAGGAGCUAACGAGAUGGGCUACAGUUCCCGGAGUGCCUUUCUGACCAUCAGAGGAACUUCUGAGACUUAUGUAGCUGACGUAGAAGGCAUCAGCAAUGAAAAUGAUUCAGUUCAAUUCAGUCCACUCUUCAUUACCAUACCCAUAAUCGUCAGCAUACUCAUCACUUUAUUAGCUGCAGUCGGACUUCAUUACCGCCAAAAGAAACGACCUGAUAGGUCAAGUUUGCACGCCAUGUACGAUGGUAAAUCUGAAAAGGCCAUUGUAGCUCCACAACCCGUCUAUCCCACAAACGAACUAUCAAAACGAAUGAGUCCCAAAUUUCAUCAAGCUUUGGAUUCAUCCGAUGGCACUUGGUCACAUGUGCAAAGCUCUUUAGUCAUAGAUCCUGGUCAGCCAGACUCUUUUUCAGAAUGCGAUUCAUCUUUUGUGUUUUUGGGAGAUCUAAACGUUUAUCCUGACGUUGUUUACAAAGAUAAAGGGCACAUUCUCAAUUUAUAUUCUCCUAAUAUUCCAUCUCAUGAUAAAGUAUUAUGUCUGGAUCGGGUUUGAGCUAAUAACAGUUGUAUACUGCUUUCACAGAAAGACUAUUGUAAAGAAAAAAAUGCGCCAUUCGGUGACGUCAAUUCCUUGUUUGGCUUGGAUAAGAACAAUUUGGUGCCAAGCAGACGGCGAAUUUGCAUACUAUUCGUUUAGUUUUAUUUUCAUUUCAGAAAAAAUCCCCAAAAGUAGCCAUUAAUGGUAAACCUUCUGAUAACCUGUUUGUAUACAUCUGGUCUAUCUUUUCCGUGAACGCAGUAUAGGUAAAAAGCACACUGAUAACUCUAAAGCGAAUGUAAGGAACGUGAUUGCUGGAUACGAAGAUAAAUUCUUUGAUUGACUCGAAUGAAUGUUAAGUAACUAACAAGUCAGGAUAAUCGCACAUUGUCCCAUAUGCUGUUCCUUCUCCCCUUGUUAACCACUGCGCGUUUUUCCCUACUGUAACUUGUUUUUAUGAUUCAGUUGCAUUUGGAAAGUGGAAGCAACAAAGGAGUGUAUAAUUAAGCCCGUAUGCUUCAGGAUCUUCACAACUGCUGAAAAACCGCACAAAAUCAUUUAUGAAUGAAAAUGAAACUUUGGAAUAUAUAACAUCAAACUUUCGAGAAAUGGCACUUAAUUGGAGUUUUUGACAGCAUAAUUUUAAAAUACCAAGAAAAUUAUUUUAUGUAAAAUUGGAAUUUUUAGAAACUGAAUGAAUCAUAUUUGUUAAAAAUCGUACAUUAAAGAUGUAUGUAAAAAAUU